AUGGACCAGCAACAACACCAAGCAGACAUCAAGCCUGACCUGACCCCGACCGAGUCGCCGCCCGACAAUGGCGAGUCCGCCGACCAACCCUCGCGCAAGAAGCAGAAGCGCAACAAACCUACCCUGAGCUGCGACUGCUGCGUCGAGCGCAAGACCAAGUGCGACCGUGGCCGCCCCCAGUGUCUGGCCUGCAUCAAGCGCCAGUCCGAGUGCCGCUAUUCUGAAGUCGCCAAUCUCAUCGCCUCCGCCGAACGCAAUGGCGGCCGUGCCACCAGCAAGGCCCGCAAAAAGGCCAUGGAACAAGCCCAGCUGGGCGUCGUGACGCCCUCGGCGUCUUCGUCAGAGCAUGCCUCGAGCCGGCCGCUCUCCCAUUUCCUAUUUCCUUAUACGCUUCGCUCCUUCGAGGCUGUCAUGCACCAGGAUUAUGGCUUCUGGAUCUACUCCCAUCAUCCGGCAAAUGAUCUGCUGGGGCUGACCGAACUGCAUGAGCAUCAGGGUUGCCCCCGCCCGCAACAGUAUCGCAGCCAGUCGACCUCCUCGACGUCCUCAUCAGUUCAUCAGCUCCUGUCCAAUGUGCCGUACACCAAACACACUCCGUCUCUGGUCUUUGGUCUGGGCUCCGAGCACCCCUUCUCAAACUACUGGACCAUGCGUGGAGGCCUGCAAGAAGUCAUAGGCGUGCUACCCCGCAGAGAACAGGCGGACAUCUUGGUAGCAAAGUACUUCGAGGCUGUUGACCCCGUAUACCCCAUGAUCCAUCGACCCAAAUUUGAGGCCGAUUACGAGCGCUUCUGGUCGCUUUCCCACGAAGACAAAUGCCAGGCAGACUCGGCUCUUCUGGGACUGCACUUCGUCGUGUACGCUAUGGGAACGCAGUUCAUCCAGAUGCCCGACUUGCAGGAGCGCGCCCAGAUAGCCGAAUUCUACGUGUCGGCGGCGCACCAGGCUCUUAGAAUAUCGGGAUACCUUAGUCGUAUAUCUCUCCGGACGAUCCAGGCAAUGGUGCUCAUCAACUACUUCCUCAUGAACAACAACCACGCGUCGGACGCAUGGUCUUUUGGAGGAGUGCUGAUGCGUCAAGCAUACGCAAUGGGUCUCAACCGGGACCCCGAACUCAUCGUGCCACGAGCGUCAGCACUCGAAAAGCAGCAGCGGCGAAAGGUGUGGCAAGCGGUGUUGUUCCAGGAUACUUUCCUCACAGUCUUGCUGAAGCUUCCACCGACGGCCACGAUUUCAGACGUGCACGUCGACUCUUUGACGGAUGAACCAGAAGGAGAACACGAGACUGGAAGCAAUGCCCGGAAUACACCAGAAUCACUGCCGAACCCAAUGAGGAUAAGUAACAUCGCACCGCCGCCGACCAGCCUGCUCCCACACGAGCUGGCAGACCGCGACUACAUUCGCACCAUGUGGAAGCUUGCAAACCUGGUGCAGCGCAACAUCUGCAUACCAAGAUCGCUGAGCCGGCCGUUGACGAACUCGCCUCGCGAGAAGAGCAAUCUGCUCACGUCAUUCCGGUCUUUGCAUGCCAACAUUCCAGCCAGCAUGUCGCACGAAAUCACCGAAGAGUUCGUAGCAUCAAACCAGCGUCUUGCGAAGCAGAUGUUGUUUUUCCGCAGUAACUAUUAUCACUGCGUCAUGCUCUUGCUGGCUGACGAGAACGAGGCUUGUGGCGUCAAAUGUGACGUUCGCGGAGCGUUGGAGUCGGCAAGGCAUGCGAUUCGUUCAUUCUUCGAUCUCUGGGAGCACUUGAGGAUUGAUGCGGGAGUGUGGUGGGUGUUUCAACACCGCGCAUUCGAAGAAGCGCUCAUGAUGGCACGCCUCCUCGUAAUCCAACAACAAGAAGACUCACCGUAUCAACGGCAGACCAAAGCGCCGAUCGAAGAGCCGCUGCUGGUGGCGGCGAAACAUGAUAUCCGCAGGGUGAUUGAGAUUUUGGAUCUCGUCGGCAGCGGAGCACCGGAGAUGCAAAAGACGAGAACCGAGGUGCUCAGGACCGCCUUUGAGGACAUUGCAUGGUAA